UGAUUAUUGUAUAUUGUAUUUAGAUUGAGUAUUUAUUUACUACUUAGAUAUGUAGUGUGCUUAAGAGUUAAAUCAUUCAAAAAAACAUAUGAAUGGAGAUAUCUUUUUAAACAUGAGAUGAAAAAUGAUUAAAGUCGGAGAGUAUAAAGCCAUACAAAGAGAAAAAAAACCACUUGCAUCUGGAAACUUCUCAAAAGUGUACAAAGGGAGGUUCGAUGACAAAGAUGUCAUAGUAAAGCGUUUAGAUCGCACUGAUGAUGACGAUGAUGAUAUGAUAUUGAAUUAUUAUGAAGAAUUAGAAUUGCAUAGAAGUCUCCAGCAUGAAAAUGUUGUAAAGUAUCUUUAUAAAGACAUUGAAGUUGAAUAUAUUUAUAUAGUAUUGGAGAAAUGUGAAUGUACACUCAGAGAGUUUGUCAUUGAUAAGAAAUAUGAAGUUCCACAUCUGAGUAUGUUAUGGCAAUCCACGAGUGGUCUGGCAUAUCUUCAUGGCCAAAAUAUCAUUCACAGAGAUUUGAAACCAUCAAAUAUUUUGCUGACCCAGCAAGAUGGUAAGUGGAUUGCAAAAAUAACGGAUUUUGGCAUCAGUAAAAAGAUUUCUCCAGACAAAACAAAAUUAACAUUGACCAGUAUUAAAGGAACACUGGGCUAUUCAUCUCCUGAAGCGCUAAAUGAAGAUAAGAUCACUAAGGGUUCUGAUAUCUAUUCAAUGGGAGUUAUAUUUUACUACGUGUUGAGUAAAGGUGACCAUCCUCAUGGUUCAGAUAACUUGAAAGUUGAAAGCAAAAUUCGAGAUGGAGAGGAGCCAAAUAUUGAAAAUAUGGAUGCAGAAUAUAUGCAUGAUGCCAGAAGUUUGGUAUUAGCCAUGCUUUCUCAUAAAUAUUAUGAUCGUCCAAAAGUCGAUGAAGUGCAAGCACAUCAUUUGUUCUGGGAUCCUGAAAAGAAAUUUUCAUUUAUACAAGAUGUUUCAGAUUACUCUAUAGCAGAUGGAAAGUUUGAUGAAAUGUCUCCCUUACUUGAGAAAAAUAGCCAGGAAGUAAUCGGUGAAUCUUGGAGAGAUACAUUGUAUGCUGUUUCAUCUGUUGUUAAAGAAACAUUCGAAAAAAUGAAAAAUAAAAAACAGAAAGAUGGAGUCUUCGAUCUUCUCAGGACGAUAAGAAAUUUGAAACAUCAUUACCACGAAAAAUCUGAUGAAUUUAAGCAAGCAGUUGGAGAAAUACCUGAUGGUCUUAUGGAAUUCUUUACUUCACUUUAUCCCAAGCUAUUGUCACAUACUUAUGACGCUGUGAAAUCUAAGAGACAGGAGUAUAAUUUUGCAAAAUAUUAUACCUUCACAGAAAAUUCUGGAAUUAAUUCGCAACGAAGUCCUUCGAGGCCAAGUACAGAAGAAGAAAUCAAACAAGAUUCAGUGCCUGAUGCUAAACCUGAGGAUUCAAACAACACCAACGUCAAAGAAGUAGUUCAUAAUGAGAAUCCAAAGUUAGAAAAGUCCAGUAAUUGCGAAAAACCAGAAAAAUUGGUUUUACGUAACUAUCAGAAAGAACUUGCCGAGCAAGCUUUACAAGGGAACAAUUCUUUAAUUGUGGCUCCCACAGGUAGUGGAAAAACAGCAGUUUUGACUGAAAUCACUAAGCACCAUAUAAGUGGCAAAGAAAACUCUCGAGUUAUUUUCAUGGUUCCUAAAACCGCUCUUGCUCAUCAACAAUAUUUGUUUUUAAAUAGAUACUUGAAUUGUGGAUUGAGUUUCAUUAUUGGUGAAACUACUCCAUUAUCUCCACCUGGACAAAAAAUUAAGGAAAAUCAAGUGAUUGUACUUACUCCACAAGUUUUAAUCAAUGAGUUAAAAAGAAAAUCAGAGGAAAGUUUUGUAUCAUUCAAAGAUAUUUCUUUGCUUCUGUUUGAUGAGUGUCAUCACACCACAAAGAAGCAUCCAUAUAGGGAAAUAAUGAAUAUGUUGUUGGAUUUUCAAGCUUCAACUCCAAAUGCCAAUCAAAUUCAGAUUAUUGGUGUGACGGCAUCCCCUGGUGUUGGAAAAGCUAGAGACAGAGUUAAAGUUACUGAGAAUCUUCUCAAUCUUCUGGCAAACAUGAACAUCAUGGUAGCACCUUCAAUUGUUGAAAAGCAUAUUAAUGAAUUGAACAAACAUCAAAAUAUUAUAAAAGAAUAUAUCAGACAAAUUCAAACAGAAUCUGAAUUUGGAAAGUCAGUCAUGGAUGUAAUGGAAACAAUUGAAAAUAAAGUGAAAGAACUUAAUAGAAAGAAUGAUGCUCUUCAUUUGAAUAAAUCUCCCAUGGACAAGUCAAAACAAUCUUAUGAAAAUUGGACAAGUAGUUUGGUUCAAUUCGGAAAGCUUCAUAUGCGUGAUCAAGAUGCAGCCAGAAUAUUGAUAACUUAUGCAGAACACUUGAAGAUGUAUAAUUGUUUACUUCAACUGAAAGAUCUUGUACCAAAUGCUAUGGAUCACACCAACAAAAUGGUGACAUUUCGAAAUGAGGGAUUUGAAAAUAAAAAACUGCUUGAACAAAAUCAAGAAUUAAUAAUGCAAGCCAACAACAUCAGAGUUCCUAUGUUGGAAUGUCUUUCUGAACUUUUGAGAGGUGAAUUUGAUAAAAACAAAGAUGCACGGUGCAUCAUAUUUGUUAAAAGAAAAUUGACUGCCAGGAGUCUGGAAGAAUGUUUUGCUAAUGAUGAUAAGCUGGCUUUUCUCAAUGCAAAAUUUAUGAUUGGUGCUCAUGAUAGUGAUGCAAUAGAACCUGAUGCUAUGACUAAAGUUGCCCAACAACAGAUUGUGGGGUUGUUUCAUGAAGGGAAGGUUAAAGUUAUUAUAGCAACAUCAGUAGCAGAAGAAGGUCUCAACAUUCCAAAAUGUAAUUUGGUUGUUAUGUAUAAUUAUGUGACUGGUGAGGUUGGCACAGUACAAAGAAUGGGAAGAAUAAGGGCUGCUGAUGGCCGAGCAAUAUUGCUCACAUGCAUGGACAGCAAGCAUGUAUAUAUGGAGCAAAACAAUAAAAUUUGUGCCAUGGCUUCUGAUCAGGCUAUUGCUGAUGUGAGAAAAAUCCCAGUUGCUGAAUUGCAACAAAAGAUUAAAAACAUUCAAAUCAAGCAAAGAGAAGAAAGAAAGCGUAAAAAAGAGUUUGCAUUGAAAGCAAACAAGAAUGACCCACCAUCAAAAUGGGAAAUUCUAUGCGGAAAAUGUAAAAAUUUCCUAACAACUGGAGAUAAACUUCGUCACAUUGACGAAACGCACGUUGUUGUGAAAGAUCCUGGAUUUGAAUCUAAAGUCACCAAAGUACUGAAGGAGCAGAAAAAGGGACCCAGUGUAUAUGGAACAGCAGAUUUUAACUGCAAUAAUCCGAAAUGCGGGAUAAAAGUUGCCCUGGAGAUGGUUCAUGAGAAAAGUCAUUAUCCGGUUUUUUCAAUUAAAAAGAUCAUUUGUAGAAGAGAGGGAGGAAGAUUAGUUGACCCUAAAAAGAGAAGCCUCCUGCCAUUUACUAUUGAUCGAAGUAUUCAUGAAUCAGAAGAUGAAAAAGAAUAUGAGAAGAUUGUUCGCGAAGAUAAUAUGUUGACAGAAGAAUUGGAUCUUGAUGAGAAUUAUACGACAGAAAUGCUAGAAACCAUUAAUAAAACUUCAUGAUGCCAGAAGAAUAAAUAGGAUCAACAACAUACUUGAAUAUUUUAAGCUAUUGUCAGUUCGCAUUGUGACAACUGAUUUGACGAACAGGUAAACUGUUUUAAGUGAAAAAGAGUCAUCGUUUUACUCCUAUCAAUUUACAAAUAGAAUUCAAUUACAAAAGUAUUCAUCCAGCGAUCACUCAGUCUCAACGAUGUGACACAUCGCUGACAAUUUUCAAAAAAAAAAUAUCUCUUUUAUUAGUCUAGGUGACUUAGUAGGUCUCCUUUUAUUAUGAUACCAAUUUUUAUUGGCCUUUGUAAAUUUGUAUUAUUUUACUGUUAAAUUGAAAAUAUGUUUGUUACAUUAUCACAAUGCGGUAAUACAGAUUUGCUCGAGUUAUUCAAUAAAUCACUGAUAUACAUUAAUAAAAUGACAAACAAUUUUACUGAUGUAUUAACAUAGCAAAAUAUUGUGUGUACUGUGCACCAAAAAUUAUGACAUUAUCAUUCACAAGACACAAAAAUGUCUUUGAUUUUUUAAAACAUUGCUUAUUCUAGUAUAUGAUUCAUAUUUUUCAUAAUAUUAAAUAUUGAAAAAAACAUUAUUUAUGCACAUGUAACCCCAUGUAUAUAUCAACUAUGACUACUAUUUUUUUUAUUCUAGAAUAUGUUCAUUUAUAAAGAUUAUCAAGUUUCAUGUCAUAAUGUGCUUCAAUUACAGUCACUGUCUUUCGUUUUUGAUAUUUUAUAAGAAAGUUCCUGUUGAAAGAUCAUUUGGAGUAAAAAUUUCAUUGUCAAGUCGUAUUGGGGUUUGUUUGCUUUUCCAGGUGUUAUUGGACGAUCAUUGUAUAAUUCAUCCAUUUUCCUAGUCUCUAUAUAGAUUAUGUUUUUUAUUCUCAUUUUGUAUUAGCGUAGGCAUAGCCUUAUUAUAAUGUCCUUGAUGCAGACAGAUUCGUAUCAUUAGCUAUGCAUGUGCAGUAACUCUCUUCAUCAUCGUGGGAGCCCUCAAUUUCGAUCUUGUUUGUCGUUUUUCAGAGUUGAAACAAGACUAUCAUUUUGUUCGUUUCAAAUUUAAAGCAGUAUAAAAGCUGGUUAUCAUAGUAUCACUCACUUCCUUUAGCAUGAUAUGUCGAACUAAGUAAUGGUAAUAUUUCAUUUGUAAUUCUUGUAUGUGGGAGUGUAUGUAAUAGAGUGUGCUUUAUUAUCAUAAUGUCCUCUUUAUAGGUUGAUGAGCACCGAUGCAUGACUGUUACA